CUCGCGAGACUUUCCAGGAGUCAGAACGCCGGGGCGGGUGGAAAGGAAAGCUGGAGCGGCUGGUGGGGAACAUGUCGGAGUCCGAGCUCGGCAAGAAGUGGGACCGGUGCUUGGCGGAUGCGGUCGUGAAGAUAGGUACUGGUUUGGGAUUAGGAAUCGUCUUCUCACUUACCUUCUUUAAAAGAAAAACGUGGCCGUUAGCCUUUGGUUCUGGCUUGGGAUUGGGAAUGGCCUACUCCAAUUGUCAGCAUGAUUUCCAGGCUCCGUAUCUUCUACAUGGAAAAUAUGUCAAAGAGCAGUAGCAGUGACUUACACCUGAGAACAUCCCAGUGGGAGGAAAAGAGAAAUCACGUUUAUUCCUCAGGAAUACUGAAGUGCCCUGGAGUAAGCUCGUGUUCUUCUGUAACAAUGUUAUCAGUAAUGCUUUAACUCCAGCACACUGUUUAUGUGUCUGAAACCAAGUCUGUUUCUUGUUUUGUAUUUUCUCUCUGGAAAUUGCAAGGAAGUGGUCUUCAAAGAAAUAAAUUAAAAAUAGGAAG